CCCUUUGGGUCUGAACUUCCCAGGUUUACAUAAAUUUUUCUUUUUUGGUGGUUUUUGUAUUUUAAAGAUUGGCUCUUGCAUUUGAUCAUGCCACUGCCAUAGAAAACAUAAUAAGGUGUUUUGCUUGGAACUGGAGUGGAUUGCUUUAUCUCACUUGGGAGUGAAUAGGUUUACAAAUUUGGAUCUCUAGGAUAUUAAUUUGAGCAUAAGGAGCAAUUUUAUUGCGUAUUUGGAUACCUUUUUUUAGGAAAAAUCACUUUAGAGCAAGUCUGAACUUUGAGUAGAAUUCUUGGAAUUCUGGUAAUUGCAUUGAUGUUUGGAGAGUUUGAUAGUAUCUAAGAGAUGGUGUAAUUUAGCUAGUUUUGGUGGUGGUGGGAUGUCAAUUGUUUCUCCACCUCCAACUUCUGCACCAUUUCCUGUUCCUCCAAUUGUCUUAACUCCACCUCCUCAGCUUUCUUCUCCGGCCCCUUCAUCCCAGCCUAAUGCAACAGCACCACCCGUAUCUUCGUUACCUCCAACCUUACCUCCACAAUCUGCUCCUUCAACGAAUGCAACAUCUCCUUCCCCGGCCUCACCACCUCUACCGCAAUCCCCUCCUAACGUGACAUCGCCUCCUCCGAUGGCUUCUCCACCAACAGCUUCUGCUCCUCCAACAAAUGAUACAACUCCGACUUUUAGUCCUCCACCUUUACCUUCCUCACCUCCACCUCAAUCUUCUCCUCCGCCUGCUAGUUCACCGCCACCUCAAUCUUCUCCUCCGCCUACUAGUUCACCACCACCGGUGUCUCCUCCGCCUGCUAGUUCUCCUCCUCCUCCAUCCAGCCCACCAGUUAGUUCAUCACCACCUCCGAAAGUUGAGCCUCCACCUACCUCACCUCCUCCAGAACCAACUCCUCCGACAAAUUCACCUCCACCGCCUCCAAAAGCUGAUCCUCCUCCACCUAUCUCACCUCCACCACAACCAGCCACUCCUCCAAGUUCAUCUCCACCACCACCAAAAGUUGAUCCGCCACCUACAUCUUCUCCGCCACCUCCACAGAAUCCGGAUCCUACUCCACCACCACAAUCUCCUGAAUCUCCGGAAGGUUCAUCCCCUCCGCCACCUUCGCCCGUGAAUCCACCUCCAUCACCAGUUUCUCCACCACCACAAGGUUCACCUCCUGCCCCA